UUUUUAAAGCCCAGAUAAUUAGAAAAUCUGCAAUUGAUUUUAGUUAUGAUAAAUCAAGCUCAGCUUCAAUAUUACACUGUAAGGAAAAAGUAGAAUCCAAGUAAGUGUUGUUUUAUUAAAGAAUCCUGAAACAAAAUAAACAUUUCAUGUAACUUUGUAUAUAGGACAUGUUAACACAUUUUUUCUUGAAAAUUAAAACAUUUUUAAGUCCUGAGGUCUUACAGUAAAACAUUUCAACUUUAAACUUAUGAUAGCACUAAUAUUUUAAUAAAUGUGACCAGUGUUUCUUUCAGAAAUUUUCGCCCAGGGGAGCACUUCAGAUUUUUUUAUGGGGGGGCAGUGCCAGCAGUUCCAGUUGAUUUAUUGGUGGAUAUAUAUUUUUGCUGGGGGGGGGGCACUUGGCUUCCGGGUGGGGGGGGGGGGCAGUGCGCACUGCCCCCUGGAGAUAUAGCAGAAAGAAACCCUGAAUGUGACAUAGUCUGUUGUUUUUUUUUUCAUUCUACAUUAUCAUUAAAGACAUAUUUUGAAUUAAUGAAUUAAUAUUGGGGACAAAAAAAAGAGUUAAAAAUAAUUAUUUUUGCUCAUUAUCUUUUUUUUUUUUAUCACAAUUUUUUUUUUAAAUUUGUGUUGCCAAUUUUUUCUCAAGUAUGUAUGGAUAAAGAAAUUAACAGCUCACAUCUUUAUUAUAUUUCAAAAGCUCUCAUUUGUUUCAUACUUAGGCCUACCUUAUUAUUAAAUUUUUUUUAUAUUAAAUUUUUUUUGAUUAUAUACAUAAUCAUCCUAAUCUAUACUCUACAGUAUUGAUGAUGACCAUUUGCAGCAUGAGUUAGAGAAAGUUAUGAAAGAAAGAGAUUCACUAGCCUACCAAGUGAGGCAGGAUUCAACCACAUGGACAGAGAGGCUGUCAGAGUUAAAAUCUAUCUGUAAGAAACCCCAGGUUGAAACACUUGCCAAAAUUAUCUAAAAAUGUUAAACACAAAAUGAACAAACCUUAGUGACAUAAUUGGAUUUAAUGUAUAUUUUAAUUAAUCUUAUCAGUUGUGAAUAAUAUUUAAAAAAAUUGUCAAUAUUUUAAAAUAAAUGUUUAUUAAAUCAGUUUUUGAAAAUUUAUUUUUACAGUUUUAUUAGCUGGGUUUAGAAGGAGGAUACAGAUAAUUGUUAACACAAUGAUCACAUAAUCCCUGCUUUUAGAUAUCACAGAGAUUGCAGCUCUUAAGAAAACUGUUGAAGAUCUAGAAUUUGAUGUACAAGAGAAGUCAAAGGUAAAACAUCAUAAGAUUAAUCUGAAGUAGCAAUCAAAGCUUUUCAUUCCAAAUUGUUAUCUGUCUAAAUCAACUACCUGUUUUGUUUUUUAAGUUAACCCUUUAUUUUUUUCAUCCUCGUUAAAAAACAUUACCUGCAUUUUGGAAAAUAACGACAGGCUUAAAUCUUGUCUGAACCCGGAAAAUUGACAAUGAGAAUACCACAUGCUUUACACACAAUGAAAUGUUCUUUAAACUAAUAUUUUUCUAUCUCCAGAAAUGUGCACAGCUGAAAGAAGAAUUAGAAUUUCAGAAGGAAGAAAUAAAGGAAAAAAGUGAAACAAUACAGAACCUUAAGACCGAGUUAAACAAAUAUGCUAAAGGUGUAGAUAAUGGUAACAAACAUUUUCUUUUUUAACAAAGCAAAAGUAUGUAGAUCCCAUGGGCAUCAUUUUAUAUGUCCCCCAUGUGAUGUAUUCCCUCAAUAAUAAAAUAGCAUUUUAGUUAUUUUUAUCUUUAGCCUUAACAAUUACCAACAGACCAAUUUUGUUAAGAAAAACCAUUCCUAUACAUUAGGAAUUAAUGUGUGUUUUUCUUAACAAAAAUCAAAUAAGCCAUAUUUUAAAGUUAUUUAUCUUUAGUCCUUGCUGAGCAUAGAUUGCAAGACGAAGCAGCGUGGAAUACAAAGAUUGCUGCAUUAGAGAGAAAACUAAAUGACUCAAAGAGGGAGCAUGCUAAAGCUGGUAAUAUUAUUUUAUGAUAACAAGAGAAAUUUUAAAUCUAUUUAAAAUUUCAUUAAAAUUUUUUUAGGAUAAGCACAUAUUUUCAUCUAAAAAUUGAAAUUCUCUUGUACAAUAAUGGUCUAAUGGUUCUAAUGGUCUAGAAUGUUUUGCAUUUUUAAACCUGCAGUUAUUUCAAUGCGACAAAUGGAGCGUAAUCAUUCAAGAGAGUUAGAAAGGGCUCAGGAUCUCCUUCAGACAACUGAGGAACAUUUGAACAAGCAGCUGAAGCAGAUUCAAAAUGAACUUUUAAGGGUAGAGAAAGAAAGAAAUUUGAUGAUGGUGAGUAUUAUUUCAUUAAGAAAUUUUUAUUUUUUCUCCGGAUGUGAAAUACUAUUCAGAAAAACUUUAAAAAUUCAUUAAAAAUGUUUAAUAAGUAUUUUUUACUAUUAUGUGGUCUCAAGAAAUAAAUAUAUAUAAAUAUAUAAUCGCAAAUGAUAGCUGUAUUUUUUUUCUAUAGUGGAUAGAAACACAUUUAAAAUCAUUAAUUUAUUAAUAGUUAUUUUUUUAUGAUAAAAGAAAUCCAAUGUUAUUUUUUAAAAUGUAAAAUAAUUUCACAUUCAAUAUUUUUGAAAGGCUACAUUAAGACAAGAAGGCUUAAUCAGCAACCUAAAAAGUGAGAGAGGCGACCCCAUAAAGCUUUCAUUCGGAGCAGAAGACCAAGUUUUCUUGUAAAAUAAUUUCACAUUCAAUAUUUUUGAAAGGCUACAUUAAGACAAGAAGGCUUAAUCAGCAACCUAAAAAGUGAGAGAGGCGACCCCAUAAAGCUUUCAUUCGGAGCAGAAGACCAAGUUUUCCUCUUAAGUAAUAACAAUUUUAAUACCUGUACAAAUACAGAGCCUCAUAAACUGGAGUCAUUAAUGCAAAGAUCUGAUAAAGAAGGUGAUAAUGUGAUGCUUGAGGAUAUAGAAAAAGUUAACCACAAAAAAGUCUGGCAUCAUGAAGAGUCUCAUAGAAAUAAUCAAGGUCAGCCAACAUUUUAAUAAAGAUAGGUAAAAUGUAAUUUCAGAAUGUUAGAGCCUCGAAAUUGCACAAUAGUUUCUGGUAAAAAAUUUUAAAAACAUAUUCAUGGAUAAAGGUCACUUUAAAAUUAUCUAUAGGCUUAAAGCUUCAUUUUGACUAAUAUUGAACUGCUUGUUAGAGAUUAACAAACAUUCAUUGAGAAAGUUUUCAAUAUUUUUUGCUGGUGGUGUUUUAUUGGGGAAUUUAAUUUUGUCAAACAUAAAAUAUAUUAAAUCUAUUCAUAUUUAGGAUAUUUAACCAAGUAAAAAUAAAAAAUGAAAAUUUUAUUAAAAAUUACAACAUUUGAAAGGAUCGUAUAAAUAUAAGUUAAUUGUUGUACAGAAAUAUUACUUCUAUGAAAUAUACUUUAAAAUGUUUACUUUGUUUUAUUAGUGAAAUAAAUUGAAUGAAUCAGAAUAUAAAAAUUUAGAUUUUUUUUACCUCCCCAGAAGCAAUGGAAGAUGUUCUAGAAGAUCUAAAAUCUUUAACUGUUGCUAUAUUUGAUGAAAAUGAUGAGGAUUCAAGUGAUUCAUAA